UAUGAUUCGAUGCUAUCAUUGCUAACAUAGCUAUCAAUACAUUGAAUGCAUUAAACGUUUGGCACUGACUUUGAUAUGUUGUUUGACUGACUAAUAGUUUUCUAUUAAUAUAAUUAUAUCAUAAAAAUCAUAAAAAAGACUGACUUUUACUAAUCAUUUGCCAUCUCUUUGUUCAACCCAUGCAUCACAUGAUGUCUGUAUUUGACUGACAUUUCGGUCAUCUUUAAGACACAAACACAGUGUUUGUCACUUAAAAUGUUUGCUUACUUGUGGUGACAAUUAAAUUGGUCUAUAGUUUUGAAUAUAAUAUAUAUUAACGACUAAAGCAAUGGUUAAAAAAGUGAUGAUUAGUUGGACACUAAUUGUGUCACUGUUUGUGUCAAUCGUUUGGACCCAACAAUCAACUAAUGUUAGUGAUGUAUUGCGAAACAGUAGUAUUUGUGAUGAAUUUGUUGAUUUACUUCAAGAAGACGAUGGCUUUGUUGAGAACAAUUUCCUCACCGAAUCAGAUGAGACUAUCAUCAACACAACUGGUCCUUUCAAUACCAUUGAUACCAAUGAAUCACUCGUUACCUCUGAUGAAGUGUUGCCAGUUUUGCCUGAUAUUGAAGAUGAAGGCGAUUCACUGUUUGAUGAAUUGGAGAGAAUAUUGGCUCCCGAAGACAUGGAUAUCAUUAACUCAUUAAAUAUGGAAUGGUUGGAUUCACAUAACGAGUCUUCAUUACAUAACGAAGAUUCACAUCUUACUGAUUACAGCAGUCCUAUGACUUCCAGUGGGUUAACAUUUUCUAAGAUUAAUAGCUAUCCAGACAAUGGUGCGACAGCAUCGUCAUCAUCAGCAUCAGUGUCUCACAACCAUACUUAUCACAUGCAGACUAUACACAAUCCUGAGCUCAAUGAUAACGCAUCAAACAGUUUUGGUAGUGAAAGCAGUGAUGAAUUAGAGUAUCAGCUGAAUAGAGACGAAAAACGGGCCAAAUCUCUUGGAAUUCCGAUCCCAACCCUUGAUAUUAUUAAUCUACCGAUUGAUGAAUUCAAUGGAAGAUUAUCUAAAUAUGAGUUAAAUGAAGAGCAGCUCUCACUUAUUAGAGAUAUUCGUAGACGAGGUAAAAACAAAGUUGCGGCACAAAAUUGUCGCAAACGUAAAUUGGAUCAAAUAUUAGGUCUUCAAUAUGAAGUGGAUGGUAUGGUAUCUGAAAAGCAAUCACUUGAGAUGCAAUACAACCAACUGUUAUUAUUACGAGAUUUAGCGCAUCAAAAGUAUUCAAAACUUUAUAAUUUUAUUAAGGAGUCGUCAGUGACUCAACAAACACAUUAUGUCGGACUGAUCUCUCUUCCCGAUUACACUAAUUUAUUCAAACAACACACCUAUUCAAUGGAAAGGCCUAACUCUUGGAUUGUAAAUAAUUAUAGUGAUUACCACACACUUACUAACUCAUUAAAUGUAAUUCGUAUGACUAUUCAAAUUGGAGAUAUUGACAAAACAAUUACUUUUUAAUAUAAUUAUUAGUUAAUAGU